GAACAAUUGAUUGAGAAUUCAGCCCUUUAGUGGUUCCUGCUUAUUUUGGAUUCUUUCUUAGUCGAUAACCAUUUGUCAAUCGGAAAUGGCGCCAAACUUUCCUCCAAUUGAAGAGGCUCUACCUUUACAUCAUGAUCUUUUCUAUGAUGGCAAAUGGCAGACUCCUAUUACUGACAGUCGUCGCGAGACUCUAAACCCUAGUACGGGUCAGGUUAUUGGCAAAAUCGCUGAUGCCAGUACUACCGAUGUUGACAAAGCUGUUGAAGCUGCGCACAAGGCAUUCCUUUCAUGGAAGAAAACCACCAUGGCCGAGCGGCAGGGGUAUAUGCGCCGUGCAGCGGCCAUUCUACGUGAGCACGCGGCCGAGCUUGCCCUCGUCGAGUCAUACAACACGGGAAAUCCGGUUGCCGCAAUGGUAAUUGACGCCGAGCGUGCUGCUAAUGCUCUCGAUUAUUUCGCUGGUCUGAUCCCAAUGCUUCGGGGAGAGGUCUUACCGGGACCUUUCCCAACUGAAGAUUAUUUGCACUAUACUGUUCGUGAGCCAAUGGGUGUCGUGGCUCGCUUUGUUGCUUCAAACCACCCCUUCAUGUUCGCUGGCGCCCGUAUGGCCUCCGUUAUUGCGGGCGGAAACACUGUCAUAAUCAAACCGCCAGAGCAGGCGCCACUUUCUUGUCUCCGACUUGCAGAGCUCCUCGAGAAUGUUUUCCCUCCAGGCGUUGUGAACAUCCUCCCUGGCGGAGCAGAGUGCGGUCAAGCGCUCACCUGCCACCCACUUGUCAGGAAAGUAUCUUUGAUUGGCAGUGUAGCUACUGGAAAAAUCAUUAUGCGCAAUGCUGGAAGUCUGAUGAAACAGACUAGCAUGGAGCUAGGCGGGAAGAACGCGUUGAUUGCUUUCCCGGAUGCAGACAUUGAUCACUUGGUUCGAUCAGUCGCAGCGGGUAUGAACUUUACUUGGGCUGGACAGAGUUGCGGAUCGACAUCAAGGGUCUUUCUGCACGACUCUAUUCAUGACGAGGUCCUCGCUCGUGUUGUGGAGGUCGUCCGAAAGGGGUUCCGCCCCGGCCUCGCAACCGACCCGACAACGACGAUGGGAUCGCUUAUCAGUAAAGCGGCUCAAGACCGAGUGCUUAACUAUAUUGCUUCAGCUCGGGAGGAAGGCGCCCGGUUGGUCACCGGUGGCGGUAUGUUUGAUGAUUUGGCUGGAACGCCAGUGGAAGGUGGUUUCUUUGUGCAGCCAACCAUUUUUGCUGAUGUGACGCCGGAUAUGAAGAUCGCACGGGAAGAGAUCUUUGGUCCGGUUAUGUCUGUCCUCCGGUGGAGUGACGAGAGCGAGCUGAUUCGCAUUGUGAACUCCACUAAUUACGGUCUUACUGGGUCUAUAUUUACAAAAGAUCUGGCUACAGCACAACGGAUGAUCCGUCAAGUAGAGGCCGGGUUUGUCUGGGUCAAUGACGUCUGUAAACACUUCUUAAAUGUCCCUUACGGAGGCAUCAAGGACUCUGGGAUUGGGCGCGACGAGUGUAUUGACGAGCUCUUCGCGUAUACCAAUAUUAAGAGCGUCAAUAUCAACCUGGGAGGAGCAACUCACCUGGGCAGUCGUUUAUCGCAGGCUGGUCAAAUUUCAAAUACUUAG